UGCAGUUAACGCGACGGAGUCGGGCUCUCUUCGUAGUUGUAUAUAUUUUCUGUGAGCCCUCGUGUUGUUGUUGACGUGCCGUUUUUAGUUUGUAAACACCCUCCAGUGCUUGUUUUGUUUAUUUGUCCCUGAAUGCCUCUCAACGCUACUUCCGCUCUUGUAGUCCGAGCGGCGGAAGUCAACGGCAUGGGUACUUCCUUGACAACCGAGCGAGUCCCUAGCAACCACCGGAGCGACCAGCCCGAGUAAUGGCUGCCGAAAGCAAAUCCCUUUGGCAGCGCGUGUGUGAAGAGUAUGAAGCUGAACAUCCGGGUCCUCCCAGCGCUGCGUGGCCUGACGGCAGCUCGAGGAGCGCCCGGCUCUCCCAGUACAGCGCCAGUACGCACACUCCGGGGUCCUCUGGACUCGCCACGGUGGUCGGGGGUCCUCUGAGGGACGCUGGUCCUCUGAGAGAUGAUGGUCCUCUGAGAGAUGAUGGUCCUCUGGGGGACGAUGGUCCUCUGAGGGACGAUGGUCCUCUGAGAGAUGAUGGUCCUCUGGGGGACGCUGGUCCUCUGAGAGAUGAUGGUCCUCUGAGGGACGAUGGUCCUCUGAGAGAUGAUGGUCCUCUGGGGGACGAUGGUCCUCUGAGAGAUGAUGGUCCUCUGGGGGACGCUGGUCCUCUGAGAGAUGAUGGUCCUCUGAGGGACGAUGGUCCUCUGAGAGAUGAUGGUCCUCUGGGGGACGAUGGUCCUCUGAGAGAUUAUGGUCCUCUGGGGGACGAUGGUCCUCUGGGGGACGCUGGUCCUCUGAGAGAUGAUGGUCCUCUGAGAGAUGAUGGUCCUCUGGGGGACGAUGGUCCUCUGAGAGAUGAUGGUCCCCUGGGGGACGAUGCCCAUCUUCUUCGCCGCCCUGCUCCCUGUGGCUCCUCAAGUCAGAGGUGCCCAUCAACGGCGCCUCCACCACUACGUGAACGUCCGGUGACACGUUUUUUGGAGAGCGACGUGUUUCCGGCGCUGUUGCCUGGACUCGAGGCGUUGCUGAAAGAAGCCCGGAAGCGAGGCUGCUUCAAGAGGCUAAAAACAUCCUUCAACCCGUGUGACUUCCUGACUGAGUGGCUCUACAACCACAACCCCCGCAGGCGAGACCAGGUCCCGGUGAACCUCCACGACGUCCCUUUUGUCAAAGACUUCCUCCGCAUGCACCCCAGGUCUCCCCUCCCGCUGUACCUUCUGCUGAGUGAGCAUCAGGCGGCGCUGCUCAUCCAGGCCUUCUGGAGGGGAUACAAGAUCAGAGCACGGCCAGAUGUGCAGGAGCUGCGCCAGUGGCAGAAGAAACUGAGAGAGAACGGCGACAUUGGUAGAACUGUGGAGAAGUUCUGGGCCCGACAAGAGAGCCGAGUGGGCUCUGCCAUGACAGCUCUUCCAGGAAGCCCCCAGCCCGGCGACUCAGAUGUGUCCAUCCAGGUGGUUUCCCCCACCCCCCAGAGCACUGUGGUCCACACCCCCACCCCUCAGAUGACCCCUGGGGGUGUGGAGUGGCUGACCCCCAGCCUCCACAGCACCAACUGAUGCCCAGACCGUGCACAGUGACAAACCCCCGACAGCAGCGUCUCCUUCUUCACCAGGAGCUCCAAACCUGAGCCUGACUGGUGGUGCUGUUACCGGAAAUCAUUAGCUCGUUACCGUGAUCAAGUUUUAUUUCAGUUUGUUGGAGGCUAUUGAACUCUGUGAGGUUGAUGUGCAACCGACCAAAAUGAUCAGUCAAACAAGCCAUUAAAAAGGCCUCUAACCAAUUUGAAAUGGCCAGCCAGGGAUUUAGGAUCUGAGAUUCGGGUCUAAUUAGUUGAUUGCUUUCAUUGCUUUUUUGAUGGAUCGCUUCCCUUCACGAGUCUCACCCGACAAAUGAACAGCAUAUAGUGCGGUUCACAUAUUAUUACUCGUUGCACCUCCAGCCGAUAGCUCACUGGAAGAGAUGUCCUUGCCUUGUCAUUACCUUUCUCCUUAGCAAUACAUAUCACUCGACAGAAGAGGUUAUAGCAUUUCCAUUCAACCCAGGAAUUGAGGGCAAAGUGAGUCAGCGUGCAGAGCAGCAUCCUGUUUAUUAGGAAAAGAAAUGAUCCUGUCAGCGAAAAGGGGAAUAAAAACAUCACUGGGAUCACUGGUGGGUGAUUGACAGCUACCUCCUUAGAUCGUGCUGUUUACCAAGUGAUAAUAACCCCGUCGCACACAGCAUAAAAUACCAACAUCACAAUGAACAGAAACAUUUUCACUAGCGUAUACAUUUGACAUCGUAUGAUGGUUUCCUGUUGAUUUGUAUAUUUUGCACACGCUGUGUUUUAUUCAGAGAUAGAAUAUUUUGGUUGUUUGCUAGACGUAACCAACGGUUACACAUUUAGCAUUUUGUUCCUUGUCGUGAUCACGCGUCAUCUUAAAUGUCACGAAGACGCUCGUGGAAAGUUCACAACAUGUGAUUAAAAGGAUAAAAGGACUGCGUGCUUCAUGCCAACUCAAGAGAACGUGCGGGUUGUAACGUCUUCUCCUGACUGCGUGUCGAUUAAACUGAGUGGAUGGAGUGCACUCGGUCACGUACCUGAGAGGAUACGUCUGGUUUCCCCUCCAGUGUCUCUGCAGAGCGGCAGUCUAGUGAUGGACCGAUGCACCCGCCUCACAGUGAGGCAUGAGGAGGGCCAUGUGGAUGUGUAUGUGGAAGCCUGGGAGACAGCUGCCACUGCAGGGGGGAGGUGAUAACACAUCCCAUUUCAUUCUGGGGACAUCUGAUACUGCAGCCAGCUCCACGGAGUCUGGGAGCACUGGGAGCACUGGGAGCACUGGGCCCGACUGAAACCAAAUCACACCGCAGCAGAGGGGAGCGGGCACCAGGCCGUCGGCGCAAAACCAGUAAACAACUGGUGCUGCGAUGGAAGUGUAGGUCUAGGAAUCCACUGAUUAUAUAAGUUAUAUUAAUACCGUGUUCUUAUAUAUACACAAACAUUGUUCAAACCCCUAAAACAUGGAGGAACUUAAAGGCCUUAAUUAUAGGCAGUUGAUAUGUUCAAGUUUAUUGUUCAAAUGUAACAUGUUUGCCUUUUUGUUCAUAUGUAAUAAAUAUAUUGAUCUUAAAUUAACAGUAUCAUUUAAAAGAAAUCAUAAAUUGUGCAUUACA